CAGCCCCGGCACACGGAGCAGCCCUGCCACAAUCCACCAUGGUGAAGGCAACCGGCAUCGUCUGCACCCUCCUCCUCCUCACCACGCUGUGCUGGCAGAGCCUGGCUCAGAGAGCUCCAGCCAUGCCGGACAAGUGCUGCUUCAACUUCCAGACGAGAAGGAUCAAGAGAGACAACGUCGUUGCCUGUUACCCCACCAGCCCCGAGUGCCCACACCAGGCUGUGAUUUUCAGAGUGAGGAACGGGAAGGAGAUCUGCACUCAGGCAAGCAGGGCGUGGGUGAAGAGGUACCAGCAGAGCUUCCAAGUCAGCUCCUUCUCCAUCCCCAGCUAGUGGGGUGGCCAGAGGCAGCAGGGACUCCUCUCCACAGGGAACACUGCCAAGGCAACCCCUCUGCAGAGGUGGCUGUGGGGACACAUUGGGACAGAGCAGCUAUCAGGGACGUCCUCCCCACCACGCUGGGAUGACCGUGCCUAUCUCUCUGAAGGCAAAGGGCCUUUGCCAACCCCGGCAUCCCACCAGGAUGGAGUGUGCUGACCCUGUGGGAUGCUCAGGUCUGGAUCCUCUGCCAGUCCCCAUGAAUUCCAUGGCAGAGAGGCUGCUCCUGCCAGCCUGGCAGCAGCCGAGGGGUUCAGGGGGAGCAGCUCCACAGUUAUUUUUUGUACGACACGCUGAGCAGAAUUAAACGUGAUCUCACACAUGCAAA